CUUACUUUCAGUUGUCAGACAAGUUGUCUGAGGGUGGCAGCUGCUCUAGUUAUGUGAGCUUUAGCGUUCAGUCACUAUGGGUAAAUUCAGGUACUCCCCCCAGGAUACAACCCUCACUUGUUUAAGCCUGGUGUUCUUUUUGGUGGACAUAGUGUUAGAUAUAUGGGCCGUGGUGAAUUUCUACCAGGAAGAGUCUUAUGUGAGCCUCUCCGUACUGAUCCUGCUGCUCGUGGUCUCCUCCUUUCUCGUCCAGGCUUUCAGCUGGCUUUGGUACAGAUACGAGGAAUCUGAGAGGGAUCCUAAGGAGAAGUUGAAGAACCAGACAAAGGUGCAGAAAUGCUUCAGCCGCCGCCAGAUCAAACUGCUUCAUGUGUUCCAGCUGGGAAUCUACUUCAGGCAAGCAGGUGUGCUGGAGAUGUUUUUUUGCGGCCACUGCUCGCAAUUCAAUGAUUCAGAGGGCUUCACAGUGUACAUGGCCCAUGACCUGAGCAUGCUGCGGUUCUUUGAGACGUUUUGGGAGAGCGCACCUCAACUUGUCCUCAUGAUCACCAUCAUGCUGCAGCAAGGGAAUCUCCACCAUUUCACAGUGUUGAAGGCGGUCGGUUCAAUGGCAGCCAUUGCUCUUAGUGUGACCAUGUACCACCGCUCCAUGCGCUCCUUCCUGCUCGAAAAGCAGAAGCAGCAUGUGAUCUCAUCAGUGGUAUACUUCCUGUGGAACCUGCUCCUCCUCUCCUCUCGCCUCACCGCCCUCGCCCUCUUCGCCUCCGUGCUGCCAUGCUUCAUCUUCACCCACUUCCUGUGCUCCUGGCUAGUACUAUUCUUCUUCUUCUGGCGAUCCAAGACCGAACCAUUCAUGAGUAGCACCUGUGGAGAGUGGCUUUACCGAGCAACCGUCGGCCUAAUUUGGUAUUUUGACUGGUUUAAUGCGUUGAAAGGGAGGACGAGGUACAAGACUAUGGUUUACCACGGGUACAUGCUAUUGGACAUUUCCCUCCUCUGCAGUGUGUGGUGCUGGAAGAAGAUCACGGAUCCACCUUCUUCUAAAGUUGCCCAGCUCUAUGCUGUAGUCGCUGCGGUCAGUGUUGUUGCAGUCUACAUCCUUGGUCUCUUUUUAAAAAUGAUAUAUUAUUGGUGCUUCCAUCCAAACCUGUCUAAAGAACAGUUGAAAGGUGAAGACACUAAAAGAUCCCAGGAACAGCAUCUAAGGUUUUCUUCUGUUGAAGAUGUGGUAGAUAUGCCGACUCCAGCAUCAAAAGAUGGGGACAAGGACAUGGAUGACGACACUAUGACUAGAUGUUUUUAUGCUGAUGAUCGCAGCAAGCCAGCCCAACCAGUCCCCGAAAUCAAGCGUUGCAAUAAAAGAAUGAGGAUGUUGGCUGAGAACUUCUACUCCUGACCUGCAUCAUCUGACCUCCACCAGACAUGGAGUUGAGACUGAGUCAUGCAGGCUUGACCAUCAUGGGGUUGUGAGGGAUAGAAGGACCUGCUUCCUGAUAAUCUUCAAAUUCAACCUCAUGGGUUUAACCUCGACUGCUGUUUUCCUGUAAGCACAUUCUACACUGUAGACUGAUUCUGCUAGGCACCAAAGCACUUAAAGCUGCUCGAAACUGAUUUUCACCAUAGUUGGUGGAAGUGUGAGCAUGGGAUAUGGAUGAGAGCAUUAUGUUUUGAAGUUAAUCCAAAGGACAUGGGCAUUAACACAAAUAUGUCUUAUAUUUAAUACAUUUUGAGAGGACUGUGCUCUACGAGUGCAUUUCUAGUUAUUACUAUUUCAAUGUUUCCUCUUUGUGCAAAACAGUAUUCCCCUAAUAAGUGACUGUAUGGAGAGUAUUGUAGGUGGGAGGGUUGCUCAACUUUAAAGGAGCCAUAUUGUCCUCGCUUUCAGAUUCAUAUUUGUUUGUGCCUCUACUGUGACAUUUCCAUACUUUAAAGUUAAAAAGCUCUUUAUUUCUCUCAUACUGUCCCAUACAAUGUGUUGGAGCGCUAGCCAAUAGUAGUUCCAAACAUAAUGAUGUCACUAUGUUUGCAAAGGAAAAAAAUACUUUGCAGACCAUGCUAAAAAUAAAACAACUGGUGCAUAAAGAAGGACAAUUUCUUACUGUUCAAAGUGUAAAGCUUUGAUAUUUUUAUAAAAUCAUACAAUAUUCUUGAUAAUAUUUAUAGUCAGGAGUUUAUCUACUGUAAUUUAAUGUUAUACCAUUCAGUAAUUUUGUUCAUAGUUAGUAUUCAAUUCAUUCUUGUUUUCUGAAACAAUACAAUGCUACUAGGUAUGUACAGAUGUUUAUGUCAUUGCAUAUGAUAUAUUGAAAAUAAACAGAAACUUGUGUCUGAAA